AUGUCUGGAAACCACGUCAUCGGAAACAGAAACAGCACGCCCGAGGCCAAUAGCACCUCGACCUUGAGGCCACCGUCCUCUCGAGCCGUUGGUUCUGGUCAUUCGCUUCGCGCCUCGGCCGACAUGGCGUCCCUGACUGGUCCUUCCCCCUCCAGCCGCAUUCGACCCUCUUCCGAUUUCUAUGGGCAGGCUCAGCAGAACCUUGGCCCCAACAACGCCGAAUCGGACUCCCAGGACAAGAUUGCCCAGCAGUGGAUUGCCGACAUUGACCAGUACGAAACAACGCUGGAGGAGAUGGCUGCUGCUACUCUGGACCAGGACUUCAAGGACGAGCUCAGUGCCAUUGAGCAAUGGUUUCGUGUCUUGAGUGAGGCUGAACGCACCGCCGCCUUGUAUGCCCUCUUGCAGCAGACAACUCAGGUUCAGAUCCGCUUCUUCAUCCAGGUCCUCCAGCAAAUGGGAAAGAACCAUCCCAUGUCCGGGGUUUUGUCCCCUGCCAGCUUCGACAAAGAUCCUAUGUCGAACCGUCUAAGUGAUGCAAUGAACAAGCUCAAUGUCGACUCUGCCCGUAAUUCCAUGGCCCGUAACUCGGUUAUCGCCCCAUCCAACAAGCGACAUUCAGGACUCGACCCCUCCACCAUCAGUGCCAUGUUCCCCGAUGCCGCAGCAGCCAUUGCCACAGAGAAGGCCAAGUUCACCCAGCAGACUGGGAACCCGCCCUCCUCGAACCGCAACAGUGCCGCUUUGGAUCACCGUUCGUCCAUGGCUGCUCCAUCUAUCAGUGCGCCCCAGGAUAGCCGUGAUGCUGGACCUGCUAGUUCUUCGCCUUGGAAUAGUGGCGGUAACGCAGACUCUGGCAAGGCACCCUCUGCUCAGGCCCCCAUGGGCCAGUUUGUGCAGCCAACACCAUCUGGUGGGCUUCGCUCUCCACGUCCGCAAUUGUCAAGCAACAAUACGAUCCAGCAAACGACUCUUACUGCCCCUGAUAAGAACCCUGGGGACCUGCCUUUGCUUUCACCGUACAAUGCUGGCAGCGGCAACUGGGCGUCAAUGGUAAACACCCCUAUGACUGGCACCUUCAACACAGCCAACACCGGAGGUAACCAAGCCGAUAUGGUUGCCAACGCCACUGCCAUGAAACUCGCAGCUUUGUCUACAGUCAAUAACCGGUUCGCAUUGGAUGACGUGCGCAAGUACCGUCGAACUAGGUCUAAUGACGGCACGCAAGGACAGAAUCCUGUCUCCGUUGGUCCACAGCCUGGAAUCAAUCUCCCAAACACGAAUGUUGUCAUGAUCAAUGAACAUGGCCAGGUCCUUAGCAGAGAACAGCUCAUGGCGCUCCAGGCGCAGCAAAACCUUGGUUUGGGUGGUCAGCGCUCUCGUCCCAGCUCUCCUGGAAUUGCCAUGCAACCUGGAGUGCCCCAUAUGGCACCGUUCACCUCACCACAGAACAAUGGAUUCCUUAGUGCGUACGAUGUGUCCUCGCCACUGAUUACAGGCGGUAUGCAACCGGUCAACUUGGGUGGCCUUGGGAUGCCUGGCCACGAGGGCUACUUAUCUGAUCAUUCGGACAUGGUUCGUGGCCGAUCUCCUCGUGGGAGACGAGGCAGCUCCAAGCCUCCUGAGGACCCGACCGACCCAACCCUGCUGCAGGACAUCCCCAGUUGGCUCCGCAGUCUCCGCCUUCACAAGUACACCGAUAAUCUCAAGGAUAUGAAGUGGACGGACCUUAUCGAGUUGGACGACAAGGCCCUGGAAGAGCGUGGCGUCAACGCCCUCGGUGCACGCCGAAAGAUGCUCAAGGUUUUUGAACAGGUCAAGGAAGCCAAGGCCGAUGGAAAGCUGGGCUAG